UCCGGGUCUUAAUACGCUUCCGGGUCGACGCAGCGCUCGGCCGGCUUUGAGCUGUGUGUUUGCCGUCCUUGAGGGGAGUCGAUUUGCUUAUAGCAGUCAUGGUGGCCUACUGGAGACAGGCUGGUCUCAGUUACAUCCGGUAUUCCCAGAUCUGCGCCAAGGCAGUAAGAGCAGCUUUAAAACCACAAUUUAAAGCAGAAGCGGAGAAAACAGCAAGUGCUAAUGUAAAAAUAGUGAAACCCAAAAAGGAGUGACAUGCAAGGCCUAAUCUAUAGCAGGCACAAUGAAGAUUCAUGCUUGUACACAACGUAACGGCUCCCUGCUCCGUGAAAUCUCUCUGCAUAUGUGUAAAAUCAACAUGCCAAUAAACAGAACUUCUUGAAA